AUGGGUUGGAACCUCUUCUUCUGGCUUGUGAUUUCUUUCCCCGCCAAUAUUGCUCUUCUCGCUUCUAAUUUCUACCAGGUUUUGAUUUUAUCUGACUUGGAAGCUGACUAUAUCAACCCGUUUGAUGCUUCAUCUCGGAUCAACUACUUCAUUCUUCCUGAGUUUAUUGGACAAGGAGUUUUAUGUGCAAUCUGUCUCUUCACUGCUCACUGGCUCAUGUUUCUGCUUAAUCUUCCUCUUACUUGUUAUCAUGCCAUGCUUCUUUGCAAUAGCAGUAAUCCCGCUAUGAAAUCUGCUAUAGCAUUUUGGGGGGUCGAUGCUAAGCAACGCUAUCCUAAGAUUAAUAAAGUUAUGAGUUUUAGAUUUAUAUUUUCAUUCUGCUUCUUCGUUUCUUCUGCCCUAUUUCUUUUGUGCCCUAUUUUUUCAAUUGCUUCUCUACUGUUCCAGCAACAUAUAGGUACAUCUUCUUCUACUUCCGUUCCACAUCUCCGCCGUUCCAGCAAGCCUUCUUCUACUUCUCCGUUCUAUUUCUCCGCUGUUCCAGCAGCAGCCAGCAAGGACUUCUCCGUUUCAUUUCUCCGUUCGACUUCUCCAUUCCACUUCUCCGUUUCACUCUCAGUCAGCCUCGGGUAA